AUGUGGCUGCGUUCUUCUGCUUCGCUGUUGCUGGCAGCAUGCGGCUUGCCAUACGUAGUUGCCGACAGCUAUCUCUCAUCGACAUCUCUGGCAACAUGCCAAGAAGACUCUCUCAUUACCGCAAGCUUGUUCGACGUAACGUUCUUCCCCGGAAAUGAUACUAUUUAUUAUGAUAUCAACGCGAAUGCAUCAGUCACGGGUAACGUCUCACUGACUCUGCAAGUCAUUGCGUACGGUUAUUAUCUGCAGCCGAUUGACAUUAAUCCUUGCGAUGGUUCCUCGUUAUCGACCAACUUCUGUCCUAUUGAGACCGCCGGAGAGCCAAUCGAUCUGCAAGCCUCUAGUCCAGUACCAGCGGACAUUGUGAGCAGAGUUCCAGGAAUCGCCUAUACGGUGCCAGAUCUCGACGGGAAGGUCCAGAUUUUCAUUGCUUCGACCGACCAAAACACCACCGUUGCAUGUCUACAAGCUGAACUCACAAACGGCAAGACCGUCUAUCAAAAAGCCGUAGGGUGGACAUUAGCCGUCAUUGCUGGUUUAGCAUUGACGGCGUCAGCUAUCGCGUCCGGUCUUGGUUUCUCGAAUACUGCAGCCCACGUUGCCGCAAACGCGCUCUCGCUCUUUUCGUUCUUCCAAGCUCAGGCUAUGUACGGAAUGACCUCGGUGUCUAUGCCGCCGAUUGUUGAAGCCUGGACGCAGAAUUUCCAGUGGAGCAUGGGUAUCAUUCACGUGGGCUUUCUUCAAACACUGAGCACUUGGUACCAGCAGGCAACAGGCGGUACACCAUCGACGUUACUCGCCAGUCUGUCCGUGCAGUCAGUCAGCGUGCAAAAGCGAUCUUUGGAUCUGGCCAAAAGGGCCUUGAAUACUUUGACAGCUCGCGCAGCCGACGAUACAAUGUACUCGGGUAACACCGUCAUCAAAGGCAUCUUGCGAGUUGGUUUCCGAGCACAGAUUGAACCCAGUAACAUUUUCAUGACUGGCUUAAUCUUCCUUUCCGCCUUCUUCAUCAUCGUUAUUCUUCUGAUUUUCGUUUUCAAGUUGUACAUCAAAGUUGCGAUCAAGUGGGGAUGGAUGCCUUCCGGAGGGUUUCAAGAUUUCCGCAAUGGAUGGACCAGCGUCGUGCGCGGAAUUCUUUUUCGUCUUAUUCUUAUCGCAUACCCCCAAAUGGUCGUCUUAUCUUUGUGGGAACUCACGCGCCGCGACUCGGUCGCUGAAGUCAUUCUGGCCAUCCUGAUGCUGCUUUCCAUGACCGCAAUCCUCCUGUGGGCUGCCUUUAACGUCCAUCGCUUAGCCAAGCGCUCAGUGGUAAUGCACCAGAACCCAGCAUACAUUCUCUACUCCAACCCAAAAUUCCUCCACACCUGGGGCUUUUUAUACGUCUCCUACCGCGCUACAGCUUACUACUGGGUCUUUCCCACGCUAUUCUACAUUUUCAUCAAAGGCGCAUUCAUCGGUCUCUCACAAUCAUCUCCAAUCACCCAAACCAUUGGUCUCUUGUGCAUUGAAACCAUCAACCUCAUCUUCUCAUCGGUUUUUAGACCAUGGAUGGACAAGAAAACCAACACCUUCAAUAUUGCAAUUUGCGCAGUCCACUUCGUCAAUGCCGUGUUCUUGCUCAUGUUUACCAGCGUUUUCGAUCAACCAGCAAUCGUAAACUCCGUCAUGGGCGUCGUCCUGGUCCUAUACAACGCCAUCUUCGCCCUUGUCCUUCUUCUCAUGGUCCUCGUGUCCGCCUUCUAUGCUAUUUUCAGCAAGAACCCGGAUCUACGUUAUGAGCCCGUGCGCGAUGACAGAGGAUCAUUCAUUAGAUCCCAAACACACCUCGAUGUACACAAGGAACUUGAUGCGCUUGGUGCCACCGCGAGGGGCGAGGAGAAAUCGAUAUAUUGA